AUGUUUGAAUCUCCAAGAAAAUCGAUUAAUGCUCUCAGAGCUUGGUCAGAGAGCCAGGAAGAGUUGCAAGAGAUGCAACCGGUGUCUCCUUUGAGAACGGGAGACCGUGUCAAAAUAAAAAAGAGAAAGAGGAAAGCACGUCCAGAAGAUAAACGCUCUAUAUCAGCGCCCCAGCUAUGUGCUGACGAGCCUCUAACUAACACAGAGGAGAGGUUGAUGGAAACUUGCAGUUUGAAAGACACAGACGAACCGAUAGUUAGAGGAAUUUUUCAAAUCGGAAAAAGAAGCCACGACGUUGUUCUGACAGCUACGAGGGUAACAUGGACUCCUAUCCAACCCGAGACGCCUACAGGAGAGUCAGACGUGAAGAGGAAGGAGGAUUACGUGGAGCUGAAGGACGUGUUCGCUGUGAAGGUCAAACGUCGGCGCUCGGCGGGUCAGCAGACCGGAGGCACUCUUCUCGGUCUCACUCUGUUCUGGUGUAAGAAGAAAGGCCACAAACUCAAAGAGUCAGCCAUCCACCUCAACAACCUGAGUGUGGACCACUGUGAGAUCUGGUUUAAACACCUGAAGGACAUUAUCAAUGGUUUUCAGAAGCGGCCCAAAUUUCUGAAAGUGUUUGUGAAUCCAACCAGUCAUAAGAAAGAAGCCCAGAGAAUCUACCUGGACCAGGUGGCUCCGCUUUUCAAGCUAGCUGACAUACAGGCUGAUGUCACCAUUACAGAGAGGAGGGGCCACGCUCUGUCCGUCCUAAAAGACUGCAGACUGGAGGAGUAUGAUGGGGUGGUGUGUGUAGGGGGAGAUGGCACCGUGGCUGAGGUGGCCCACGGGUUGCUGCUUCGGGCCCAGAUGGACGCUGGGAGGGACACAGACUCCAUCUUCACGCCUGUCCAAGCACCACUUCCUCUGGGCAUAAUACCAGCAGGUUCCACUGAUGUGGUGGCGUGUUCUGUUCAUGGCAUCAGACAUCCUGUCACUGCAGCUCUCCACAUCAUCAUGGGACACCGUCAGGCAGUGGACGUGUGCAGUUUCAGCUCUCUGGGCCGUCUGCUGCGCUUUGGUUUCUCGGCCAUGUUUGGUUUCGGUGCUCGGACGCUGGCCCUCGCCGAGAGACAUCGCUGGAUGCCACCCAGCCAACGGAGGGAAUUUGCCAUGAUCAAAACGCUGGCAAACCUGAAGCCUGAGACGUGUGAGCUGUUAUUUGUCAGUGGUGGAGGAAGUCAGGACCUGAUGAGGUAGGUGUCUGUGGGCAACGAUAGCCGUGUCUGUCUGUCUGUUGUAGAGGAAGACGGUCCAUGGCAGACCAGACAAGGCCAGUACCUGAACAUUAGUGUCAUGGCCAUUCCCUGUCUGUGCUCCAUGGCCCCCCGGGGACUGGCCCCCAACACCAGACUGAACAAUGGCAGCAUGGCUUUAACGGCCACAGGAAACACUUCCAGGUCGGAGUUCAUCAAACACUUGAAGAGGUAUAACAGCGUAAGCAGUCAGUUCAGCUUCUCGUUUGUGGAAACACACAUCGUGAGUGCCGUGAAGCUGCGACCUCACUCUCACGGUUCCUGGCCUGAGGAGGCCUCUGAGGAGAAUGAGGAGUGUGACUCCAAAGACACUCCUAUCAUCUCCUCAGAGGGAGCCUACCCCUGGAACGUGGACGGGGACUUGAUGGAGGUGCCCUCAGAAGUUCUCAUCAGGGUGCAUCCUUCUCUUCUGACGCUGUUUGGGCUCAAUGUGGAGGAAACAGAGGAGGGGCCCAUGUCAUGUAGCUGCAUUUAA